GCUCUCCACUAGGAAACGGAAGGGGACGGGCUCCGAGCGCGGCGUUUUGGGAGCGCGAGGUAUUCUGGGAGCGCGGGACCGCCAUUCGCUCGCCUCACGCCCUCGCAGUCGCCUGAGUCGCCGCCGCUGCACCGGGAGGGAAGAGGAGGCCGGAGCCGAGCUCGCUUCCUGCCAAGAUGUCUAUCGGCGUGCCCAUCAAAGUCCUGCACGAAGCCGAGGGCCACAUCGUCACGUGCGAGACCAACACCGGCGAGGUGUACCGCGGGAAGCUCAUCGAGGCGGAGGACAACAUGAACUGCCAGAUGUCCAACAUCACAGUCACAUACAGAGACGGCCGAGUGGCCCAGCUGGAGCAGGUGUACAUCCGUGGGAGCAAGAUCCGCUUUCUGAUUUUGCCUGACAUGCUGAAAAACGCGCCCAUGUUAAAGAGCAUGAAAAACAAAAACCAAGGCUCGGGGGCUGGCCGGGGGAAAGCUGCGAUUCUGAAGGCCCAAGUGGCCGCGAGAGGAAGAGGACGCGGAAUGGGACGCGGGAACAUCUUCCAGAAGCGAAGAUAAAUGUCUGCUGCUCAGAACUGUCCCUUGUCUUUGCAGAUCCUCUGGGUUCGCUGGCGUGUGUGCUCUGUGUAUGGUCCUCACUGUUCUUUUGACAUCUUUCUUUUUAGAUCAGGAGAAAUAUUCAACUAAAUAAAGAUGGUGGCUGUUUUUUCUUUUUGUGAAAA